GAGAGCUAGAGAAACAACUUGGAGACUGGAAGGGGAUGAGUUGGAACAGACGGAAGAAUACAAGUAUCUAGGGGUGUGGAUGGAGGUAAAUGGAUGCGGCAGGGCCAAGAAUGUAAAGAUAAGUAUGGCAAACCAGUGGGUAGGCCGUUUAGGGAGUGCAGCGAGGAUGAGAGCGAGCAAGUAUGAUGUCAUCCGUGAGGUUUGGAAGAGUGUGGCUGUCCCGAGCAUUAUGUAUGGAAUGGAUGUGAUGACAUGGAAUGACAGUGAGAUACAAAAAUUGGAAGUGGGGCAGAAUAGGGUAGCAAGAAUGGCACUGAAUGCACCAAGGUUUGCAGCAGUAGAGGCUCUUAGGGGGGACAUGGGAUGGAGCACGUUUAGGGAAAGACUAGUAAAGGCAACCUUGAGAUAUAAAGUGAGACUGGAACAAAUGGAGGAUGCAAGAUUAGCAAGGAAAGUAUACUUGUGGAGUAUAAGAGAUGGCAAAUGGGCGAAUAAAUGUGGGCGAAUGAUAGACAGGAAUGUUAUGCUAAGUAGGUGGGUGUACCGACCCUUUGAAGAUAGAGAGAAUGUGUUUGAAUGGAGAAUAACAAACAGAAAUGGAGAGGGGUUUGAGUGGGAUGUAAGAAAGUGGAAGAAUGUGAUAGAUAUGGCAGUUAAAGAUGAGGGAUUGAGCAAGUGGAAGAAUGAGAUGGAAAGAAAGGAAACUCUCGACUGGUAUAGGGAGAAAGAGGCCCAAAAGUGUGAGGUGUGGUAUGAAGGAAGCCUGGGAGGUGAUUUUCUUUACCGUGCUAGAGCAGUCUUUGGAUCUGAUUGCAAGGAACUGUAGAUGAUCUGAGUCCCAUAGCAAAGUGUGCCAGAUGUGUGAUAGGGGGUGGACGAGACUGUACAGCAUGUAGUGCUAGAAUGUGAGAAUUAUGACAGAGAGAAUGAAGAUAAUGCAGGUGUUUCUGAGAAAGGACGUGAAGUGAAUGAGAGGACUGGAAGGGAGUGGAUGGUGCUGCUGCUGGGGCUGAGUGGAGGCACGAAUGGACGAGUGAUUGAGGCAGUGAAGGAGUUCUUGGAGGGCAUGUGGCGUGAAAGAUGUAGGGAAUGAUAUCUUGCCCCGAGAACUUUGACUUCCCGCAUGUUUUGUUUUCUUUUCACAGGAGCUGCCGCUACAAAGGCCUGGCUGGGGAGAAACCCCGAGCCACCUGUGACAUCAAGAUCAAGAUCAGACAGAGCAACGCUGCGGAGUCUGUCACGCCGCCCACGCCCACACAGUGCCCCAACGCCCACACAGUGCCCCCACGCCUCCACGCCCAUCCAGUGCCCCCACGCCUCCACGCCCAUCCAGUGCUCCCACGCCCACCCAGUGCCCCCACGCCUCCACGCCCAUCCAGUGCCCCCACGCCUCCACGCCCAUCCAGUGCCCCCACGCCUCCACGCCCAUCCAGUGCCCCCACGCCUCCACGCCUCCACGCCCAUCCAGUGCCCCCACGCCUCCACGCCUCCACGCCCAUCCAGUGCCCCCACGCCUCCACGCCCAUCCAGAGGAUGGCGGGGGCAGCAGUGAGGCGGUGGCCGGCGGAGGAGGAGAGAGACAGGCGGAGAAGAAUGUCAAGGUCCAUUUCAAUUCUUCCUUCAACGUUGUCAAGUACGGGGACGGCACUGACAUCAAGCGCUGCACCAGGCCAGCUUCAUCCUAGUCAGCACAAGCUGUUAUACCCACACUGACCACGGCUACUAUGUCCCCGCUGAGCUGAGUCUGCUGCGCUUCAACCUAAGAAACGGAAUCAUGAAGUUGUUUCACUGUGUUGUUGCGCGUGAGUUGUGGCCUCGACUCAGUCCUGUGAAAAUGGGGGCUUCGUGGUGCAGUGGUUAGCACACUCGGCUUACGACCGAGAGAGCCCGGGUUCGAUUCCCGGGCGGAGUGUAAAAAUCUGGGCGGCUUUUCCGAUACCCUACGCCCCUGUCCAUCAUCCAGCAGUGAAUG